ACACUGGCUGACGAACCUUUUAGUGAUCAGGAAGGCAGAGUUACAGCUUCACACUACUGUCAGUUUCCAAGGCUGUCUGAAAAGCAGUUCUAACCCUGUGGAUAUGAGAAGAAAUGGAAAAGUUAUUGUUGUUUUUCAUCGUUCUCAGAAACCUUUCAGGUUUAUCUGAAGGAGCUGGUGUGUUACCAAAAGAUCUUGUGGAUGGAUGUUUGGAUGGAGCGGUGACCUUCGCAACAAACUGGAAUCAAGCAGAAACACCUUUUCAGUCAGUAGCCUGGAGUCUGGGAAUUAAACCUAUAAUAACCUCCCUGCCUGGCAGAAACCUAACUGCACCAGGGUAUGAAGGCAGGAUCACCCUCUUCAUGUCUACUGGAUCUCUGGAGCUCAGGAAUCUGACACUCAAUGACUCGGGAGAGUACAGAGUUAGUAUUUUACCAGCACAUGGAGACGAAUCACCAGGAAUCACCAAACUGAACCUCUACGAGACCGUUUCCAUUACGGAGUUAAACUCCACAAGCACAGACUUGGUUGAGUUUAACGAUUCCAUCAGCCUGUCCUGCUCCUUCACUGGAUCGCCUUCCUCUUUCCACUGGAUGAACGGCAGCUCUGUGGUUACGGACAGCGACAGAGUUCAGAUCAGCCGCUCCAAUGGAACGUCCACGAUGAAUAUAACCGACGUGACCCGAUACGACCAGGGGUCAUAUGAAUGCCUCCCUCUGUGUCCAAGCACCAGUAAUCUGCCACAAGUGAACAUCACAGUCAGCUAUGGUCCAGAGAAUAUAAGACUUGAUCUGGAUCAGCCAGCAGACUCCUACCUGGAAGGGUCACAUGUCAAUCUAACCUGCAAGGUAGAUUCCAGACCUUCUGCUGAGUUUAAAUGGUUCCUGAAAGGAAAACCGCUCUCAGGUUCUGGACCAAAACUCCAACUGAUGAACAUUCGGAUGAACCAGACUGGAGACUACAGCUGUCAGGCCUUCAACAGCAAAACCCUCAGAUAUGUAACAUCACAGCCUUUAACUGUCUCUGUCCGUCAAAUCACCCCUUCAUCAGGAUUAUCUGGAGGUGCCAUCGCUGGGAUAGUGAUUGCAUGUGUAAUUGUUGUUGCUGCAGUUGGUGCAGGAGUGUUCUACUGGUAUAAAAAGCAUUAAAAACUUUAAAAUGUAAUCAUAAAAUAACUUAUUAUUCAGUUUCAAAUUUUUCAUUGUACCGGUAAACAGUUUUCACAAUUAAAACAUAAAAAAACGUAUAAAACUCGAGCUUGUUUAAGCAGCUGAUUUACUUUUUCAAAGAAUGAAAUAAAAAUAAAACAAAAUGAGCUAUUAGAAAGAAGUGAAUCAAUAUAAUUCAUCAGCGUUUUGGAAUUUUGCUUUGUUUUGUUUUUACGAGGAAAAUAAUACAUUUGCAAUGUAAAAAAAUACUAAAGUGAGUCGUGGCAGACGGCUGCUUAUACUGAGCCAGGAUCCUCUGGAGGUUUCUCCCUGUUAAAGUGGAGUUUUCCUCUCCACUGUCGCUAAAUGCUUGCUUAGUAUGAGGAUUGCUGUAAAGACUCUGGCACUAGUUAGUGACUCGAUGUAACCUGCUGGGUUCCUUAUAUAGGAAACUUUUUAGUCAUUGGAUCAAUUAAGUGACCUGUAUUGGAAUGUUUACUUUGUAAAGUGCCUUGAGACGACUCUUGUCGUGAUUUGGCGCUAUAGAAAUAAACAGAAUUGAACAGAAUAUUGAUGACAUCAUUCCAUGGCUGUUUUAAGCUUUAUUUUAUUGUUGUUAAAUCAUUUAAGUCAAGUGAACAAACUUGUUCUAAAAACCAGAAAAACAUUUCUUUUUCUGCUGUUUCUAAUCAACAAAAAUCCAAAUAAUAAAAGUUCUAUUUGUCUUUUCUUCAGUCAGAAAGUUUUUAACUCACUGGUUUCUGUUGUUAAAGUCUGUAAAAGUUCAGUAGAAUUAAAAAGCUCCCUGUACACAUGA